UUAUACGUUACUUUCGACAUGAAGCAUGGGGCCCAAUUCCGGACGACCGUUCAAACUCUUUCCAAGGUUGAAAGUUCGGCAAUAUAGUAAACAUCGAGCACCAUGUCCGGCGUAACAGGUAUAAGUCUAAGUCUCUCUUCAGAGGAGCUGAAGACUCAAGACGUGGAGCAAAAUGAAAAGCUUGACAGCACCACAAACAUGUUUACCAACGCCGCUGCAGCGACUGACAAGGAACAUAACAUGACCUUGUGGCAGGGCUGUAAACUCUACCCCAAAGCGAUCUUGUGGUCCGUCCUUAUAUCUUCCUGUUGCGCAAUGGAAGGUUACGACAUAUCUCUUGUAGGGAAUUUCUACGCCUUUGACCCUUUCAAUCGAAAGUAUGGAGUGCAAGGAGUUGAUGGCACAUAUCAAGUCCCCGCUCGAUGGCAAACUGGCCUAAGUAACGGAGCGCAAUGUGGCCAAAUCUUGGGUUUGAUUGUUAAUGGUCUCGCAACUGAGCGUUUCGGUUAUCGAAUUGUAAUCUUGGGCUGUCUAAUCUGGCUCACUGGUGUGACCGCAAUCUUCUUUUGCGCUCCCAAUAUUCAAACGUUACUCGCGGGUGAAAUUCUUGCUGGUAUCCCGUGGGGUGUUUUUCAGUCGAUUGCCAUAUCUUACGCUGCUGAAGUUUGCCCAGUGGCACUUCGAGGAUAUCUCACCAGUUAUGGUAAUUUCUGCUGGGGAUGGGGACAGCUCAUUGGUAUUGGAGUAAUAAAAUCUCAAUUCGGUCGAACCGAUCAAUGGGCAUACCGCAUACCUUAUGGACUUAUGUGGAUGUUCUAUCCUCCCUUAAUUAUUGGUAUCUACUUUGCUCCCGAAUCUCCCUGGUGGCUGGUCCGCAAAGGUCGAAUUGAACAAGCCAAGAAAUCUUUGCUUCGAUUGACUUCUUCCAAGACCGAUCCUACAUUUGAUGCUACCGAAACAAUCGACAUGAUUCGACACACUACUGAAUUGGAAAAAGAUAUGACUUCUGGUGCCUCUUACCUCGACUGCUUUAAAGGUGUCAAUCUCCGCAGGACUGAGAUCGUUUGUAUGCUUUGGGCUACUCAAAAUUUGGCUGGCAACACGUUCUCCAAUUAUUCCACUUACUUCUUCGAGCAGGCUGGUCUUACCGGUGAAAUCCCAUACGAUUUCGCGAUGGGUCAGUACGCCAUCAACAUGGUCGGUACUUUUGGGGCAUGGUAUCUCAUGACUAAAAUGGGUCGACGAACUCUUUUCAUUGGUGGUCUCUGCGGUCUAUGCGUUACCUUGUUGUCUAUCGGCUUCGUCGGUCUCGUUCCUGAAUCUAAAAAGCAAGCCGCUUCUCUUGCUACAGGUGCUUUAAUGCUGGUGUGGGCGGUGUUCUACCAGUGCUCCGUUGGAACUCUCGCCUUCUCCCUUGUUGCCGAGAUGUCAACUCGACGACUUCAAAUCAAGACCGUCGCUCUGGGCCGAGCUGCUUACAACGUCGCUGCCAUCAUCAGUAACGUCCUUACCCCGUAUAUGAUUAACCCUACUGCUUGGAACUGGGGAAAUUAUGCUGGUUUCUUCUGGGGAGGAUCAUGUUUUUUGGUAUUGGUUUACGCCUAUUUCCGGGUACCCGAGCCUUCCGGCAGAACUUUCGCUGAGCUCGAUAUUCUAUUCGAACGAAAAGUUCCAGCUCGAAAAUUCAAAACCACCGAAGUCAACGCUUUCGAUGUUGUUUUGCAUCACCAAGUUGCCGAAGACAAACCUGACGGUGAAGUUAGCCAUGUCGAACGAGUUUGAGCUGUAUUCUCAAGAUGAGGGGAUCAAAGUCAACUCACGAGGCAUUGAAGAGCAAUGAGGCAAGAUGACUAGAAAAAAAAAAAGUAAAAGACACAAUAAACACACAUUCGGAAAUUGAAAAGGGAGAUCUGAUUCUAAGCUUUG